AAACAGGGACACGUCAUCAACUGGUCCAAAAUAAGCGCGGACACUCACGUGAUUUGCCGUGCCGCAGAUGUAAACACGCGACACUUAUGGGGUUUGUUUACUAUCCGUCCAUUUCGGAGAGAAUCACCCCCGCUGUUAGAACAGUGAGAUUGGGCAGAAACGAUGCAGUUGGAGGUUGAGAGUCCUCGACCGUACUUCUUCGGUGACAUCGGAUGCUGGUCGGAACGGACCGAGGUCCACAAGGCGGCCUACCACGGAGAAGCCACUCUCCUGCAGCGGCUGAUUCAGAACGGUGCGUCUGUCAACAUAGUGGCCGUGGACUCCGUCACGCCGUUGCACGAAGCCGCCAUCCGUGGUCAGGUGGACUGUGUGCGCCUAUUGCUGGACGCAGGGGCUCAGGUAGAUGCACGUAACGUGGACGGCAGCACACCUCUGUGUGAGGCGUGUGCCGCUGGGAGUACAGAGUGUGUACAGCUGCUGCUGGGCCGAGGGGCAAAGGUCAACCCCACCCUCACCUCACGCACAACUUCCCCUCUGUUGGAGGCCUGCAUCAGCGGUAAUGCUGAGUGUGUGCACAUGAUAAUAGCCAACGGGGCGUGUCUGGAGACGUUCGAUUUGUACCACGGCACACCACUGCACGUUGCUUGUGCAAACACACACGUGGACUGUGCCAAAGCUGUACUCAAUGCAGGGGCGAAGGUGAAUGCAUCACGGUUUCAUGACACAGCGCUUCAUCACGCGGCCAGGCGUGAUAGUGUGGAGCUGCUGGACAUGCUGGUGCAGUUUGGGGCGAACGUGUACGCCCGCGACAAACACAACCACCUCGCCAGCCACUUCACAAAGCCUGGCACUGCCGCGCAGGGCUGCUUACUGCAUUAUGAGAGCUGUCCCCUUUCCCUGCAGCAGCAGUGUAGGAUCUGUGUGAGGACAAUGUUGGGCACCAGAGCUCUAAAGGUGCUGCCCCAACUCGACAUCCCACCUCGUAUCAUGGACUACCUCGCUCACCAAUAACACACACACACACACACACACACACAAACACACGAAUGCACAUUCUCUAGGGGCACACAUUCAAAUGUACACAUACAGUCACAGACACACGUACACACUGUCUACACUCUCCCUCUCUCUCUCUCUCCCUCUCUCACACACACACACACACACACACACACACACACACAAUCAGACGCAAAUAUGCAUACACUUUCUCUCAUACUGUUACCAACAUCAUACUCUAAAGAGAACACACACAGACUCAGGCAAAACACACUGAUGCAUUCAUUUGCACACACUUAGACUCUCCCAAACGUAUGUAAACUUGCUCCUUGACCUGUAGGCACACACAGAAACACAUUCUCUCACACACACACUCUCUCACACACACACACACACACACACACAUACGCGCAUAUUCAAACCGCCAACACAACUGAACACACAGACUACAUCCAGACUUACAAAACUCUGCUUACAACUAUUGAAACUAUUACAACUACUCCACUCUUUUGGCUUUAUGCAUGCACAUGGUCAGCUACACGCCACACACACACACACACACGCACACGCACAUACACGCACACACACGCACACACACACACACACACACACACACUCUCUCUAUGUGCAGGUGAAAAGCACGGUCCUGAUGCUGCUUAACACAAGCUGUAAAAGACGAGUGCUGCUCAAGUUCUUCAGUCAAUUCCAUAUUACACACACACACACACACACACACGUGCGCGCGCAUACAUACAUCUGCACACUCACAUGCACACACAUACACACACACACACAAACGUGCACAUACACACAUGCAUCAUAUGUACACACCACAAGCCAUACACUGGCACUGUAUCUCAGGACAGGGCAGAGAUGAAGGAAUAAAAAAAGAGAAGGCUGGAUGGGGAAAGAGGGAGAGAGAGAGAGAGAGAGAGAGAGAGAGAGAGAGAGAGAUAUGCUGGCCACUGACAGGAACUAUUCUGUUGUUACUAAGCAAACAGCUCACCAUGACAGCAGGAACAUUUGCACACAACGCAGCGCUUGAAUGAUGACAGAAGUGUAGGACAGGGCAUCACGCACACACACACACACGCAUACACACACACUUAGUGAUCUUCUCCAGACUUCAGUGGAAGUGCAGUAGGUGCAUCUCUAGUAAAUGGAAAACAUUCAAAGGUUAUUUUGGGACAGCUGUUAUUCUUUGCUUUUAGCGAUGGAGUGGGCAUGAAAUGUACAUCAUCCUCUCUCGUAUACACACACUCUCUCAUAUACACACACUCUCUCACACACACACACACACUCUCUCUCUCUCUCUCUCUCAUGAGCUAUCUUGGGAGAUGUGAGGAGCCCAAAAUAACUUUGUGGGCAAGAAUAAACCCCUCUCAGCUUGAGCGGCUAAAAUCAUUUUUUCCAUCCAUUUAAAGCUGAACACACACACACACACACACACACACACACACACACAAACACACAUACCAUUGUCAAAGGUUAUGUUACCAUCACUGGGAGUCUUGUUAUUUCUGUGCUCAAACCGUUUAGACGAGACAGCGAUGGAGAGACCUCUUAGAUGAGAGGAGGAGGAUGAGGGAAGGGUGGAGAGAUAUACGGAUGGAGGGAGUGAGGGAUGGAUAAUAGGAUUGGAGGAGGAAUGGAAGGAAUGUCUCAGUGUUGUUUCUUUUCCUCUCCCUGAGUGCGAUUCUUCUCCAAACUUGGCGUGCAGGACACCGGAGGCUGAGGAUGUUUGGGAAGGUUGGGGGUGAGGGGGGAUAGCAUGAAGCUGGGAGUGUUGGUAUCUGGAAUCCAGCAUUCCAGGACAGAAGCAUCCCAAACACUCCAAACAUUCUGACUCAGCUUCAGGUGGAGCUCUGUCAGUGGCAGGGGCGAGCAGUCUUAUAUGUGUGCCAGGUGACCA